AUGCGCGCCCUCAUCGCCAUCAGCCUGCUAGGUCUGGUUCUCGCGCAACAAGGUCCUGCAGUGGUCCAAGUCAUCACCGUCGUGGUGAAGAAGUCUUGUGGUGUUGUCGUUGGGGACCCGUCGACGUUGGGCAUCAGUUCGAGUUUCAAUGCGAGUGAUGGCGGUGGUUUGCCGACGGUUUCGAGGGGGAUUUUCUCCUUGACGGAUGGGGGGAAUAGCAGUGCUUUUCUGAGCGCGCCGGGGACGAGCGGGAGUGGUGGGCUGACGGGGGAUGGUGGCGUGGGUGGUGCUACGAGUAUACCGUCUUCGGAUCUGGACGAGCCGAGCGCCAGCAAUGCUGUCAGCGGUGGUUUGACGUUGAGUGAGGGGGUGAGCGGCACUCCGUUUUCUUCUUCGGAGCUGGAUCAGGAGAGCUCUACGCCUGGUGUUGCGGCGACUACGACUUCUCUGGAGAAUGGGGAUACCUCGAUCGAGUCUGCUCCUUCAUCCCUCCCAGAACCUCCUUCAGAUGGGGAUGAAAGUCCAUCCACCAGCACCCCCUCACCAACCGCGCGCUUCACAACCAUCUCCAUCCCCUCCUCCGACUUCCCCACCCUCCCUCCCCCAUCAGCAUACACCUCCAUCCCCAUCUCCAGCCAAUCUCCCUCUGCAGCCGACACCCCGACCCCCUCCCUCGGCCUCGUCACCAGCUUCAUACCCUACAGCGGCACAGACACGGGCAUCACGGCCCCCACAGCCGUGACCACCAUCCCCGCCAGCGGCACCGUUAGCGGGACGGUGAUUGUGGAAUUACCGCCCGAGAUUACGAGUACGCGGUAUUGGACGGGGACGGAGGCGUUUACGACGACUGUUGCGGCGAGUGGGACGAGGGCGGCGUAUGGGAUAUGUGCCUCCAACUGCCUCCUCGCCGAGGGUGUUUACUACGACGUCUACGACGUCUUCACGCAGUACAUCUUCGCCGGCUAUCACCACCACUUCCACGAAUACAGAGGAGCCCGUUACGAUGACGAGUACGACGACGUUAUACAAUUCGGCGGGAUGUACGAGGGUUUGUACGGCAUGAGCGUUUUUCAAUCCAGCCGCUAG